AUGUUAGACUUAAAACGCUUAAAACCGAUCGAUUUUGUCAACAUUUCUGUCGUCGUCUCUUCUUUAUUAAUAUUUUACUUUUUUCAGCAAAUUUUGCCAGAAAUGUCUCAAGGAGUUUUGCUCAAUGAGGAACAUAAAGUGAAUGGAGUCACAUUGAAAGCAAGUGGUCAGAGCGACCUCUCAACUCUCCCAUGGCCAACCGGGCUUAACGGACGCAAAGUAAAUGACGGAAAUCUUGAUGAAACAAUUGUAAAGCCAGUUCCCGCAAAUCCAUCGAAAGAGCUGAUUGUGCGAGUGGAUGGAUCGACGUUGUAUCGAAGCAAAAACGGCAAUUCAUUCAAAAUUCUCAUCAAAAAUGAAGAAAAUGUCGUAGAAUAUAUAAUCCCAUCAAAAAACGGGGUUCAAAUCGAGGCGAACACCGCUCAUUCUUAUCCAUUUGGCGAUGAUGGUGGGAUUGAAGAGGUGUCAAGACAGACAAAUGGUGUCACACUUCUUAACAAUUUCAACGAACAAUCAGCGAAAGUCGAGCGAAAAACAUUGGAGCGAACAUUUGUUGAUGGGACUUUACAGCUAGAGGAGGCGACAACAAACGCUGCUUAUGACGUGGUGCUCCAAUCGAGCGUCGAAGGAGGAAAAUUCCAGACAACAAGCGGGAAAUCAGUGGAUACGAUGACUCCUGCAAGCUGGCCUCAUUUAAACACUCCACUUUAUCCAUCAAGAGUCCCCACAUUGGAGCAAGAGUUCACAAUGGAAUGGGUUGAUCAAGGAGAUACAAAGGAGAUUCUCUUCAAGGGUCUAUCCGGUCAUCUAACCGGCGGUGAGGGUCGUCCUGGUGUCAUCUUCGACAAAACUAGAAACAUUAUUUCAAUCAAUCUACUCCUAUCUCGUCCAGACGGUUCAUUCUUCAUCUCAACCGAUCAAGAGUUGAUCAUGAUUGUGGCUCAAUCGGAUAGUAAUGGAGAGCCAAUAAAGAGCACUCUUGAAGCAAUUAUUUUCAAAAAUGGAGCAAAAUUACCAACUGGUUGGUGGCAUUCGGUUCCUUUCCCUCGACCAAAUCAACAGAAAAUUCAUCUAUAUGAAAAAAUCGCUUCCACUGAUGCAAAUAUCGUUUUAAAUGUGCUCGAGGAAGCCGGUGCUCCGCUUGUUAUUCAACUU